AUGCAAAUUACGCUCCAGGAAAACUGGACAUCAUCAGCCCUCGGAUGGGCCAUCUGCACGCUCGUCUUCUGCGUGGCUGCCCUCGCGGGGUGUGGAAGGAAGAAGGAGCAAGGCAAGGGCCUAUUGAUCAUCUACCGAAAUGUUCCCGUCGCCAUCACACGAAGCCCGGAGCAAACCUCUACCACGCAAACCUACGUCAGGGCAUUCCCAGAGGAUCCGGACGAUGACCCAGACCCAGAGCUGCCGACCCUGAUUGCUGCUUGUCCGAUGUGUCAUCGUCCGUUCGAUGUUGAUCAGUCGAUGAAAGAGGAGCAGAAGAAGGACGGAGAACAGAAGGAGAACGAGACGAAGAGUGAGAUAAAAAAGGAGGACAAGAAGCAGCCGGUGAACAUGGUAGCUGCCAACCAGAAGAAGGAGAGCGACAAUCAGUCGAAGACGAGAUAUGUCCGGCGGAAAAAGGAGAAGAAGGAAGAGAAAGAAGAAAACGAAAACUAUGUG